AACUGAUCAGUAGUGGAAAAUCUUUAUAAAAAAAACUAAUAAUUCUUUAUUCCAAAUAUAUUAAAUAGAAAUGCAAACCACAACAAACAUAUUUAAAAUGUGUAUUUAAUAAAAAAAAGUUUUCGCAAUGAAGCUGGUGAACAUAAUGCAAGUGAACAUAAAUUUUGUUUUCUAAACAUAUGCUGGAACAGAUCUCAAUUAUGAGUAUAAGACACCAUUUGGAAAAAGAAAUAUUUGUAUCAACAGGAAAAUGCAUGCUUUUUUAUCCGAUGCAUGCGAUUUAUGUGAAAAGAAGAAAAUGUUAAAAGUUGUAGCCAACAUCCUUGUGUCGCUCCUUCAUCGUUAUAUUCGCCAUCAUCACCAAAAAGUUUUAAAAAUGUUGUACCCUUACUGUGGAGGGCAUCAUAGUCGAUCUCAUAAAAAUCAUAAAUUACCUGUAUAUAAUGUUGACUUCAAUAAUGGUUUAUCCACUGACAAAUCGAAUUUUAUAAUAAAUAAUAUAAGUAAAGAAAAUAGUUAUAAUGAAAAUGCUUCCAACAUACAACAAAAGACUUCCUUAUGUGCUUCAACAACCCAAAUUUUAACCGCGAUAUCAACUAAGACAAUGGUAUUUAUCUUGCCAUUAUCUUACAAAAAAGCAAUUACAACAACAAAUACAUCUUCUUUAUCAACAUACACAUCGACAUCAUCAGCUUUUAUUACAUCAAAUUAUUUAUUAUCAACUCCACUACUAUCAUCUGUAAUAUCCAAAGAUGAUUCCUGCCACAAACUUUUAUUUACAUCAUCUUACAAGCCAUCAUUAAACAUGUUCAUUAACACCGUAUCAUGCAAGAGAUCAGCGCCAUCAAUGCAUUUUCCUAAAAAAUGCCAAUUCAUCAUGAAAUUAAUAGUAAUAUUUGUAUUAUUAAUAAUGCAGAUUGGCAUUGCAACUGCAGAUCAAGUUAUUCUUCUUGAUACAACGAGAGAGGCUACAUUGGAAUGGACACGUUAUCCGUACGGACCUCAAGCACAAACACCAGGGUGGGUCGAAGAAAGUUUUACUGAUUUUGUUAAAGGUAUAAAUUGGAGAAGUUAUGUUGUGUGCGACGUUGCAUAUCACAAUGUUAAUAAUUGGCUUUGGUCGCCAUUUAUUGAUCGUGGUCCUGCUAAUCGAUUAUAUAUUGAAAUUCAAUUUACCAUUAGAGACUGCUCACUUUUUCCAGGAAACGCGCUUUCGUGCAAGGAAACAUUUAGUUUGCUGUACUAUGAGUUUGAUGCAGCUACACGUGAACCACCUCCCUGGCAAACAGAUAGUUAUAAAUUAAUAGCACGUAUUGCUGCUGGUGAAGGCCGUUUUAACCAAAAUAGUGACGUUGAUAUCAAUACUGAAGUUAAAAGCAUUGCUGUUACUAAAAAGGGUGUUUACUUUGCCUUUCGUGACCAAGGUGCGUGCAUCAGUGUAUUAGCUGUUAAGGUUUAUUACAUUACAUGUCCAGCAGUUACCGAAAAUUUUGCCCACUUCAAUGAAACACCAACCGGUCGGGAAAUAACACUUAUUGAAAAACAAAAUGGCACAUGUGUAGAAAAUGCUGAGCCUUAUGAGCCGCCGACUUAUUUAUGCAAAGGUGAUGGAAAAUGGACAAUACUCAAUGGCGGUUGUCGUUGCAAAGUUGGAUAUGAGCCUGAUUUUGCAAAUAAAAGUUGCAAUGAAUGUCCGAUAGGCACAUUUCGCUCAGUGGAAGUGACCAAAUGCAUUUCUUGCCCUCCAAAUUCAAAUGCUUCAAAAUCUGCUUCCGGCUACUGCAAGUGCUUGUCAGGUUUCUUUAGGCAUCCUAGGGAUGGUAAACAUAUGGCAUGUUACAAACCCCCAGGACCUCCAACAAAUCUUACGCUAUUAUUUGUCGAUCAUAUCAGUGCAAUAUUGUCUUGGAAUACACCUGUACGCGAUCAUGCCGCCGUAGAGAACAAUUACCAGAAUUCAAAGUAUCGAAGUGACAUUGUUUAUAAAGUUGUGUGCGCUUCAUGCUCUUCCAAUGUGGUUUUUACACCAUCGGCAGACACAUUUAAUGAUACUAAAUUGACCUUAACUAAUUUGGAACCUGUCACAACAUACACUAUUCAGAUUCAUUCGAUGAAUGGCGUGUCUUAUAUUAUCGAAAACGCAACGACUGACGAAAAAAAUUAUAAAAAUCCCAACGAAUCGUUUAGUAAUCAAGACAAAGAAGACAGUUCAAAAAGUGAAGAGGAUAUCGUGAUUGGAAAUAGUAUUAAGGCAGCGUCGUCGAGCAAUAACAAUAAUCAGCACAUUGAUUUAUCCCAGAUAACUACAGAGUGGGCUGAAAUAAUUUUCACCACCACAGAGUCGGCCAUACAAUCGACCGUAAGUAAUGUACGAGUAGUGUCAACAACAAGCACUGAAAUCGAUUUGCUUUGGGAUAAACCUGUACAAAGUGAUGUUCCUAUAGAAUUUUAUGAAGUGCGAUGGUUUCCCAAACCUGAAUUUGAUACUAUCAACAAGACCGCCUUGACCACGAAAGACACAAAAGCUCAUAUAGAAAAUCUUAAUGAAAAUACUGAAUAUGGAUUUCAAGUACGCUAUAAAACUCUGAAUGGUUAUGGAACAUACAGUAAUAUCGUUUAUGCUCACACCCAACAAGGAGUCAGUUCAGUUUACGAAAACAACAUUCAAAUGCGCAUGGUCGCUGGUGCUACUGUAGCCGUGGUAGUCAUUUUGGUAUUAGUAAUUGUAGCUACAGUACUGUUUUUAAGAUCCAAGAAUCAAGAUGAUAUAGAUAAAAAAUCCAGCAAUCAUAUGCCUUUGCCAUUAGAUUAUGCCAGCAAUGAAGGACUGCUCGUAACCUAUAUUCAUGCCAUGGAUACUACACCCAUCGUUAAAACAAUUCAAUCCAAUGUGACAACUCCGUUGUUUGGAAAUAGUCGCAGCUAUGUGGAUCCACAUACAUAUGAAGAUCCGAAUCAGGCUAUACGCGAGUUUGCUAGAGAAAUUGAUGCUAACUAUAUAACCAUUGAAGCGAUUAUUGGUGGAGGUGAAUUUGGAGAUGUCUGCCGUGGUCGCUUAAAAAUACCACCAACUUUUGUUCAAGACAUUGAUGUGGCUAUCAAAACACUUAAACCAGGUUCAUCGGAAAAAGCAAGAUGUGACUUUUUAACUGAAGCUUCUAUAAUGGGACAGUUUGAUCACCCGAAUGUUAUUUAUUUACAAGGAGUAGUGACUCGCUCAAAUCCAGUUAUGAUUAUAACUGAGUAUAUGGAAAAUGGUAGCCUCGAUACAUUUUUACGUGUCAAUGACGGAAAAUUCCAAACCCUACAAUUGAUAGUGAUGUUGCGUGGUAUUUCCAGUGGCAUGGCAUAUUUAAGUGACAUGAAUUAUGUUCAUCGUGAUUUGGCCGCCCGCAAUGUGCUCGUUAAUUCUCAGCUUAUAUGCAAGAUUGCAGAUUUUGGACUUUCAAGAGAAAUUGAAAAUGCAAGCGAUGCUUAUACCACAAGGGGCGGAAAAAUACCAGUACGUUGGACUGCGCCUGAAGCUAUAGCAUUUAGAAAAUUCACAUCUGCGUCUGACGUUUGGUCAUAUGGCGUCGUUUUGUGGGAGGUUAUGUCUUAUGGCGAACGACCUUAUUGGAAUUGGUCUAACCAGGACGUUAUAAAGAGCAUUGAAAAAGGAUAUCGCUUGCCAGCACCAAUGGAUUGUCCGGAAGCUUUAUAUCAACUCAUGUUAGAUUGUUGGCAAAAACAGCGCACUCACCGCCCGUCAUUUGCAAGCAUAGUUUCCACAUUAGACAAUUUAGCUAGACAACCGCAGGCUUUAUUGACCACACGUAUAUCACCCGAAAACGAUGGCACCCACAUUAUAGAUGGUCAACGGGGCCAUAACAUAUUUAUUAGCACAGACAUGUGGUUGGAAAAUAUAAAAAUGUCUAGAUAUUCACAGCAUUUCAAAGAAGCUAAUUUGGUGACGGCUCAGCAGAUCUCAAGAUUAACAGCUCAACAAUUAUCGGAUAUGGGUAUUACUUUAGUAGGACACCAAAAGAAAAUUUUACAUCAAGCCAGACAGUUAGACACCAUAAUUUAGCAAUUUUAUUAACUAAAAAAAGUUUUCUUUAAAACCAAUGUUAACACUAUUUUGGUCAGCUUACAAAAAUUUACCACGCUGCAUUUAAAAUAAACAUUUUGAAAUGUUUUUUUUAUAAUUUAAUAUUUACAAUAUAUCAUUAUUUUCAAGGAGUAUUACAAAUAUAACGUACACAAAUGUUUUUAUACCCUCGUACAUACAUUUCUUCAUUCCGUUAAAAUUACCGAUUAAGGUUUAAAUUAAAACAAACGAAAUAUAAUAUUUAAUAGAAUAAUAUUUAAUGUAUACAAAAAUUAUAUUAUUUUACCAUCAUUUCUAAUUUGUUAAAAUAAUUAACUAAUUAAUCAAUUUUUUUAAUAUUAACGAUAUAUGUAUAAGUAUUUUUAUUUUUUUUUUUAAUAUAUUGUAGUCUUCUACAAUACUAAGUAAUACUCGUAAUACUCCCAACUUUUUCUUGUUUGUGAUAUUGAUUUUUAGCCCUCUAUUUGUAAUAUAUACCACUCAUAUAGGGUAGGGUAUAUGUAUGUAUCUCGUAUGUGGUAAGUAUGCAUAAACCGAAACUGGUAUUUUUAGUUUUGUAUAUAUCAUUUUGUUAUAACGUUUUUAGAAACCAUCAUCAUAUUCAUAACAAAUCGAGAAAACUCCUAAAAUGACAAUGUUUGGAAUGUUUGCCUAAAUAGUGUUAAUAUUGUAUGUAAAUAUUAUACAUAAUUUAAUUUUUUAUCAAUAAUUUUAAGAUUUUUUUAAAGUGUGUAAUAAUGAUUAAAGCAAAUGAAAAUAUAUAUGAUUUGUAGUAGUAUGGACCAUCAAACAAACUUUAUUGAUGGUAUAAACUACAAAAUCAUAAAAUGAAAUUAAAGAAAAACACUGUAUGACAUUUAA